CACAAGACUCACCCUCACCACACAUUUGGACAGAGGCAUGACCUUUGGCUUCGAAACGUUGAAAUCUUACAAGAUUUAAUUUCAGUCAAAGAAACUUCAAGACUUCUCGUCAGCUAAUAAUGGAGCUGAAAUUGUGGCUUCCGAUUCUGAUAGUUUUUGGGAUGGCUGAAUCUCUAGGCACGAGCAAGGACUGGACCAUAAAAGUGCCAUCAAAAAUCCCUGUUCUUCAAGGCUCAUGUGUGGACAUUCCCUGCAGAUACAAGUAUCCUAAGACGAAAAAAAUAUUGAACAGGUGGCGGGGAUUCUGGAAGAGAGGGAACACGCUUGUUGCAUCAAGUUUCCCCAGUUUGAAGCUAACGGAUGAGUUCCACAAGCGAACCAGAAUGUCAGGUUACCUUCAAAGCGGCAACUGCAGCUGGCAGCUGUUUGGCGUCAGAAAAUCUGACACUGGACCGUUUCACUUCAGAAUCGAACAUCCAGAUCAUACAAUCUACAGUUUCUCAAAAAAUAAGGUCACCCUCAAUGUCUUCCGAGUUCCUGCGCCUCCCGUCAUGACUGUUGCAGUCCAAGAUAAAGUGACCGCCACCUGCACAGUUACUCAUGUCUGUCCAUCAUCUCCUCCCAAAUUCUCCUGGAACCACUAUGGCAAAAGGGAAACAAAGUCAAAAAUACAAGCAAAUAAAUGGUUGUGGAAAACAACGUCGACUCUCACCUUUACCCCUGAAGAAUCCGACUUCAACAAGCCUAUAAUCUGUACGGUGACAUUCUUCGGCAGGAAGACGACAAAGGGCUCUGUGAUUCCCGUCAAGAAGAAGAGUAACUAAAUAUGGAGUAAAUAUUUAAUUAAAUUAGAGCAAUCUUUUUAGAGCUAUCUGCCAUGAUGACAAAGUGAUUUUACAGAAAAGUUCAGAAUUAGUAAAACUACAAAAAAAAUACAAAAACAAAAAAAAACAUUUAGAGAGACAAGACAUGAUUAUUGUUGCAUGCUUUGAUUCAUAUUACCUUUUGAGUUUAACUUUACAUAAAUCUUUAAAAACAUAUUGGAGGGAAAAAAAGUUAAUAUUAAUUUUUUUAACCUUUGAUGAUUUUCUAAUAGGUUUUAUGAAUUAAUUUUGUUAAUUCUUUUCUUUUAUUCUUCAUAAACUGCAAGAUCAUGACUAUUAAAUAUACAUCAUACUCCAAAGUCUACAAGUUUCCUUGUUCCUUUGU